CGGGAGCUCUGCUUGUGAAGGAUCCGCGAUAUUCCGCCGCAGACAAUGAUAGGUUUCUCGACAUGAUGGAGAAGUAUUUCGAAAUGCCCGAUGAUUUCAAGGGCCUGCAGGAGCGUCCGCACCUCCAUUACCAGGUCAUGAACUUGGAAUGGAUCUGCUCCACUCCCAUAUGUGAUAGCCAGACCUUCCCACAAAUCUUUGGCUGUCUUGUAUUGGGAUACUUCGUUUAUAAGGCUGGUUUCGAGAUUGCUGAUAAUCCAAUUGAAACAGCAGUGAUCCCGUUGCUGCCAUUUCGAGUAGCCGGGGUCGUCGGAUGGAGGGGGGUCUGAACCUCCAGAGAUGUGAGACGUCAGCCCCUUUCCCCCUAUUGCUCUCUCCAUCAAAUUGGUCCAAAGGGGAUAAUUAUCCCCAUUGAGUUUGGUUUUCAGGUUGAUCUCUCCUAAUGACUCCAGUUGCGGUUGCGGCUGUUUUGUGGAGCUUUCGGACUUGUUUCCUGUUUUAUUCAUGAAUUUCAUGAAUUCGGCAAAUUGUGCCGCAAAAUCUGCCAUGGUUUCUGUUGGGAUUGGUUUAGUAUUUUCUGUGUCAGAAUCUGACAUCUUUGGUUUUGGUUUUGUUAUUGCAGGGAUAAUGAAGGAAAGGGCGAGAAGGGUAUGGGACUAUGAUGACAUUGCUCUGAGUCCCCAAAUUGAAAUUCCCUGCUCUGAUACCAUCUUAAAGAUGGUAAUCGAGAGAGGUAUAGAUAAGAUGGUUGGAGUAACACCUGAAGGAGUUGAAGUACCCCGUAGUUUAGUGGAUGGAGAAAUGCAAGAGAAGCUAAAAUCAAUGCCAGUAGAGUCUCAGCCCUCCACUCCCCCUGGACCUGACCCUAAGUGGCGGUAUAUGUGGAGGAUUGGUUCACGGCCAUCAAGUACCCGCUUUAAGGAACUUAACUCUGAGCCUGUCAUACCCGAGGGAUUUCCUGUGUGGAAAGACACCAUGGAUUCAUGGGGGUCCAAAAUGGUCUCUGCUAUAGAGGUUGUUGCUGAAAUGGCAGCAGUUGGAUUUGGCCUGCAGAAAGAUGCCUUCACUUCUCUUAUGAUUCAGGGACCACACCUACUUGCUCCAACAGGAAGCAAUCUAAGACGUCAUGGCCACAUCGGCACUGUAUUUGCUGGGUAUCAUAAUGACCUCAACUUUCUCACUAUUCACGGGAGGAGUAGGUUCCCAGGACUAAAUAUUUGGCUGAGAAAUGGGCAAAAAAUGGAGGUAAAAGUUCCUGUGGGAUGUCUUCUCAUUCAAACAGGAAAGCAGAUAGAAUGGCUAACUGGUGGAGAAUGCAUAGCCGGCAUGCAUGAAGUUGUUGUGACUGAUCGCACCAUUGAAGCUAUGAAGUUGGCUUCAGAGCAAAACCGCAGCCUUUGGAGAGUCUCCUCAACACUCUUCGGGCACAUAGCAUCAGAUGCAGUUUUGAAACAGCUAAGUCAUUUCGCGGACUCACCGCUAGCCUGCAAAUACCCCCCUAUGUGUGGUGGAGAGUUUGUAGAACUGGAGCUCGCAGUUAUCAAUCUCAAAGGAAGUAAAGAAGAGGCAUCGUAGUUUAAAGCUGGAGAUUGUGGUUCGAUUUAUGUCCCAUAUGGUUGUGAGAGUGUUGUGUCAUUGAUUACUUGAAAAAAUGAAUUGGUGGCUACAAGAGAAACGUCAUUUCUUUACGCAAUUAAAUUAUUUAAUGUGUUGAUGAUAGAA